AUGCCCCAGCCAGCCCAGAAGACAGUGGUCUUCCUCAAGACGCACAAGACUGCAAGUUCCACUUUCCAGAACAUCAUCUACCGCUUUGGCGAGAAGCACAACCUAACGUUCGCCUUCCCCACCCGGGGAAAUCAGUUCAACUACCCACAACUCUUCAAACGCACAUUUGUGGCCCAGCACCUCCACGGAAAUCAUGUUUGCUAUGACAUAGUCUGCAACCACAUGCGCUUUCUGGUGGAAGAGGUGGCAAGCGUCGUUAAACCGAACGCUAUGUACCUGUCAAUUGUACGUCAACCAGAGAAAAGCUUUGAGUCCGGGUUCUACUACUUCCAGAACUAUGCGAAAGCUUUCAGAGCAGCAGCAAAAAAGAGCAAGGGAAAAGACCCAUUGAGGACUUUUCUUGAGAAUCCUGAGAGGUUUUAUGUUCCAUCAAAGCAGUCCGCAGCCUAUGUGAAGAAUCCUAUUGCAUUUGAUUUCGGAUUGGACUCGAACGCUGAUGUGUCAAGUGACACAUUCCGCGCGGAGUUAGAACGAGUGGACGCCAUUUUCCAUCUCGUGAUGAUCGCUGAUCGAUUCGAUGAGUCGGUCAUUUUAGCGAAGGAGAUGUUGCAUUGGGAUAUGGACGAUAUCGUCUACUUGUCCUUAAACAAGCGACAAGUAUCCAGUAAAACUGGCAACAGCACACUCCAGGGGACUCACCCCACGUUAUCCAAAUUAAUAAGGCGUUGGAACGCAUUAGAUGUCGCCCUAUACGAUCACUUUUACAAUCGCUUUCAACGCCACGUAGAUGCCUUUGGCAAGGAGCGCAUGCGCAGUGAAGUGGAUACCCUGAAAAAGAUGUGUAAUAUCUGGCGAGAGCUGUGUGUGGAGGAUGAGGUGGAAGCGAGUAAGAUAAACGAGAAAAUGCUGAAGCCAUACAUGCCCGGGGUAGUAAAAAUCCUGGGCUACAGAAUAAAGGAGGGAUUAGAUCAAGACACACGGGAGCAGUGCCUCCGACUGUUGAUGCCUGAGCUCAAAUUCCACGAAAUGCUCUUCGCGAAGCAACAGAGCCAUAAGGGGAGAUGAUGGGAAGCUCACUUUGCCCUCAAUGUCCACAUCUUCACACUGUGCCACUGACACCAUUUGAUGUACAUGCACGCUGGAUUCUUCAUUGCCCUGUGAUUUUUGUACAUUCUACAGCAA